AUGGAGAGCAAGAGCGCAGGCCUCGAGGGCGAGCGCGAGGCGGCCAUGGCGGAGACCGUGGAGAGCGGAGACGAGGAAGACGGGGUUCUCUUCGUGGACGGCGAAGACGAGGAGAUGGGCGACGCGCCGCCGCCUGGGGAGUCUUCGCAGCACGCCGAUGAGGAAGCGACAGCAAAGAAGGUGUCUCUUUCUCCUGUGUCGUCGUCCGCCUCUGCGCCGCCCAGAGCUUCGCAUCGGGGAGUCAAGGCAGAAGACCGUCUGGUUUCUUCAGACAACAGCGAGAGCGGAGAGGAGGAAGAGGAGACGGAAGAAGAGGACGGCGAGAGCGAUGACGACGACGACCCCGUCGUCAGAGAGAUCGACGUUUACGUUCGGCGGCUGGAUACGUCCAGCGCCGCUUCGGUCUACGUCCUUCAAUAUCCUCUCAGGCCUCUCUACCGGCCCUACGGAGAUCACGGACAGCUUCUCGAGGUGGCGUAUCGUGAGCGGCAGCGCACGCUGCAGUUUACCUAUGGGCUGCACACGGCUGGGGAGAAUUUCGACCCGAGUCACCCGAUGAACGUCGAGGCCGAGCGGGCCUUCUACGCGACGGCGGGAGCGGACGACCGCGCGGGGCCUGACGGCGUCUCCUCGGGCGCCGGCGCGUUGGGCGGCUCGCCGCAGGAUCGCCGAGGGCUGGAGAGGGAGAGGGCGCAGGCUCACGAGGUCCGCCCGAAGCACAUCCUGAAGAGUCAGCGCGCGCUCGCGGGCGACUGCAGCUACGCAGUCGGCAUCCUGAAGAAGAACAAACUCUUCAUCACCCCCGUGGAUCACGUGCUUCAGUUCCGCCCCGAUUUCACCCCGAUCGACCGGUUGCAGCAGAACGCGGCGGCGUACGCGGCGAGCGGCUCCGGCGGCAGACAUGCGUUCCCCAGCGACGCCAGCUCCGCGCGCAAGAAGGGAGGCGACGCAGAGCGAGAUGAGCGCCCGGAGCCAGGCACGGGCGCCGCCGCCGAGCGCGGAGCCGGCGCCAUGUUCGCCGCGAACCUCGGCGAAGGCCGCGCCAAGAUCUCACACAGCAGACAGAGGGACAUCGAGGAGAGCGAGGAGUGGCUCAGUCUUGAGACAUUCUACGACGCAGACACGUCUGAAGCACUGGAUAUCAUUCGCACGCUGUGCAGUACGCAAGUCGAGGCGGAAGAAGACGAAGAGAAAAAAACUUCUGCAAAUUCCGGUGAAGACCUGUUAGCCGACCUCUCUGCCUCCGCGCCGACCCCGCCGCCUGCGUCUGCUGCGUCUGCUGUGUCUGCUGGGUCUCCGCUGGCGCCGGCUGCAUCUGGGAGUCAGGACAUUCUCUUCGUCUCAAACACGAGGGGGUACCUGCGCUCGCUGUGCGGCACGGCGGCCGAUCGAAGUGGCGCCGCCUCAGGCAGCGCCCAGAGCGCCUCGCAGGCCACAGGGCCGCUGGGCUACGGCGCGCUCGCCAAGCUGUCGCCCGACCAACAGGUGUUUACGAUUUUGCGUCACCGGCACGUGGAGAGUUUUGCGACGAUUCAGCGUCUGCUGACGACGCCGAUGAGCGAGGCAGACUUGCUGCGGAUCCUGCUCCAGUACGCGGUGCUUGUGCUGGGCAACUGGGCGAUCAAGUCCAUGUAUGUCUACGACGACAUGUACGAAAUCAGCUGCCGAGACCUCCUUCUCGCGCUGCUCAUCCGCAGCGGCGCCACCUCCGCGGCGCCCAGCGGUCGCCCUGGAGAGGCCUUUUCGCCGCCGUCCUCCGUCGGCCUGCCGAAGGAGGCGUUUCGCAGCGCCACGCGGCUGCCUGCAGAGAAAGUCACGCUGAUGCUUCAAGAGGUGGCUGUUUGCUCUUCGUCGGCGUGGCGGCUGAAGCUGCCCCCGGACAGCGCCUUCCUCGCGGCGCAUCCUUCGAUUCAAAAACACUUUGACCUUUGGUGGAAGCAGCGGCUGCAGCAAGUCGUCAAGGAAGUCCAUCAACGCCGAGACGCGCGUAAGCAGCCACCCCGUCUACUGUGCGCUGCGGACGAGGGGAAGGCCGCCGUAGUCUCGCCUGCGUUGCUUCAGCUCGCAGGUCGUCUCUGUGCCUCUUCGCUCAAGACGCAAGGCGCACAGACGUUCAAACAGCUACGCGAGAUGCUCAACGGGAAAAACCAAGACUUCGUCGGCAUCACAGAUCGCGACCUCGAGCGCGUCCUGCAGACUGUCGCAGUUCAAGUCGGAACCGUCUGGCUGUCUCCAAAAGUCGGCAACCCGCAGAUUGACCUCUAUCGGGACAGUUUGAUUUCGAUUUUGAAGUCGCAGACAGCGCCGCAUUCGAAGGCGCAGAUCGUCCAGGAACUAGCCCAGGCCCUGAAUCGGCACGUCGACCUGCCGGACUUCACGCUGCGCAAGCUGCUUAGGGAGCUCGCAGUCAACGAGGGCGGUUUUUGGGCGUUCAAGGGCCGCGUCAAGGAGACUCAGGACGCGGAGACAGACGUUUAG